CUCCCUCUCCUAUCGGAGCACAAUGAAAGCCUGUGUAUCGCCGUGACUCCGGGCGGGAGCCAGUGUCAGCAAAGCGGCUAACAACAGACGAGAAAGAGAAAGGAAAAUACAAGCUACUUUUUUUUUUUCCAUCUAUAAAGCGGAGCAAAUACAAGAGAUAGAACCACAUUGCUUAUUGAGAGUCCAGACCCUCAGAUCCACUGGCCGGGGAUGGAAUGUACAAAAGUGGACAGAAAAGUGGCUGGACAUGACUCGGUGCAAUUUGCUGGAAGUUUGUAAGUUUGACCAUCGUUUGUAAAUUACUCUAGGAAGAGUUUGUCUCUCUUGAUACUGUAUUAGAAUAGAGCCGGGGGAGAGGAAUAGGAACGUAAGCGGGAAAGAAAAAAUGUGUUGAAGGAUCUCUCUCAGUGGCUAGCGACUUGAGAUUGCUUUCAUUUAAGGCUGGGAAACCUUAGACGGGGAGAGGAUUUUACCGGUGAUUGGAUUCGUUGAAGAAAAAAAGCAUGGUCCGAAAGUCCAAUUACUGACAUUGUUAACAAUUGAAAAGCUGUCUCCCUCUUUGGGGAGAAGACAACAUCCUACAGUACCCCAAAGAGGAGAAAACACCGGAGCAAAGGGAAAGGGAGGACUAAUUAAAAGCCAAAAGACAGUCUCCCUUGAUUUUUGCACAUUUUGAACAUUGACUUCAAAAACCUAAAACAGCACUGUUUGUGGUGGUGUUUUUUUUUAACCUGAGGAAAAGUAAAGGCUGCCGGUUACACAGACCACGGUAGAAUUGUGUUUCUCUGCAGAAACAUCCCCAUAAAGAAUUUUCUGAAACAACUAGGUGAAGGAGAGUCCAGCUCUCUGUUAAUACCUCUCUCAGUUCUUUUUGCUGUGUGUUUCUGUCUCUUGCUGGACAACCCCUGAAUUCUUGAUCUAACCCCCAGAUCGUGUGUUUACAAAGUACCCAGUGGCUCUUGUCAGCUUGGUGAGGGAAAAAAAUCCACCAACUCUGCCCAACUUCUCCAGAGCUGUCAAAUGCAAUUAGAGUAAGUUGAUUAGGGUUCAUUUCCAACUUAUCCUCUCCAAUUGGUUUCUAUUCUUUCUCCCCACCCUCUUUUUACUAACUCCCCUCCCCCACACCUUCUCCACUGCUCCCCCAACCUCUGAAGCCCUCUAUUCAUGUGGCCCUGAACACUGAGCUCACAUUGUCAAAAACAGAUUUGCCUGCAAUAGCCAGCAGUAGCCUCUUUCCACCUCACCAUCCCAGAGGCAGCAAUCAUUGUGUCCACUAAAAUGGGGGACACAGCGCCCCCGCAGGCCCCCGCAGGAGGGCUAGGGGGGGCCUCUGGGGCGGGGCUCCUUGGAGGGGGCUCAGUCACCCCGAGAGUGCACAGUGCUAUCGUGGAGCGCCUCCGGGCUCGGAUCGCCGUCUGCCGCCAACACCACCUGAACUGUGAAGGACGCUAUGAACGUGGUAGGGCCGAGAGCUCAGACCGGGAAAGAGAGAGCACCUUGCAGCUCCUGAGCCUUGUCCAGCAUGGCCAGGGGGCAAGGAAGGCUGGCAAACACACCAAGGCCACUGCCACUGCUGCCGCCACUGCAGCCCCUGCACCGCCCCCUGCUGCCCCUUCUGGGGCCUCCCAAGCAGCAGCAGCAGCAGCCCCGCCGCCUCCACCAGACUAUCACCAUCACCACCAGCAGCACCUGCUGAACAGUAGCAGUACUGGUGGCGGUGGUGGGAUAAACGGAGAGCAGCAGCCACCAGCUUCAACCCCAGGGGACCAGAGGAACUCAGCCCUGAUUGCGCUCCAGGGUUCCUUGAAAAGAAAACAGGUAGUUAACCUGUCUCCUGCCAACAGCAAGAGGCCCAAUGGCUUUGUUGACAAUUCAUUCCUUGAUAUCAAAAGAAUUCGUGUCGGGGAGAAUCUGUCUGCAGGACAAGGUGGCCUCCAAGUAAAUAAUGGACAAAGUCAGCUUAUGUCAGGGACCUUGCCUAUGAGCCAAGCACCCCUGAGAAAGACUAACACUCUGCCACCCCACACACAUUCUCCCGGCAAUGGUAUGUUUAACAUGGGCUUAAAGGAGGUGAAGAAGGAGCCAGGAGAGACUCUGUCUUGCAGUAAGCACAUGGAUGGCCAAAUGACCCAGGAGAAUAUGUUUUCUAACAGGUACGGAGAUGACUCUGGAGAGCAACUGAUGGAUCCAGAGCUGCAGGAACUGUUCAAUGAACUGACCAACAUAUCUGUGCCUCCCAUGAGUGACCUUGAACUGGAGAACAUGAUCAAUGCCACCAUAAAGCAGGAUGACCCAUUUAACAUUGACCUGGGUCAGCAAAGCCAGAGGAGCACUCCCAGGCCCUCCUUGCCCAUGGAGAAAAUAGCAAUCAAAAGUGAAUACUCACCAGGCCUGACUCAGGGCCCCUCAGGCUCUCCUCAGUUGAGGCCCCCAUCAGCUGGCCCUGCAUUCUCCAUGGCCAACUCUGCCCUUUCCACUUCAUCCCCCAUCCCUUCAGUCCCUCAAAGCCAGGCUCAGCCUCAGACAGCCUCAGGAGCAAGCCGGGCCCUGCCAAGCUGGCAGGAAGUAUCCCAUGCCCAGCAGCUCAAACAGAUAGCUGCCAAUCGUCAGCAGCAUGCCCGGCUGCAGCAGCACCAGCAGCAGCACCAGCCCACCAACUGGUCAACCCUGCCGUCUUCUGCUGGACCAUCCCCAGGUCCAUUUGGGCAGGAGAAAAUCCCCAGCCCUUCUUUUGGUCAGCAGCCAUUCAGCCCACAGAGUUCCCCUAUGCCUGGGGUAGCUGGCAGCAGCAGCCAGCCGAAAGUCAUGUCUAACUACAUGUACAAGGCCAGCCCCUCAGCCCAGGGUGGGCACCUGGAUGUGCUCCUGCAGCAAAAGCCUCAGGAUCUCAGUCGAAGUUUUAUUAACAACCCGCACCCAGCCAUGGAGCCCCGCCAUGGCAACACCAAGCCUUUGUUCCAUUUUAACUCAGAUCAAGCAAGCCAGAAGAUGCCUUCAGUUUUACCUUCCCAAAACAAGCCUUCUCUCCUGCACUACACCCAACAGCAGCAGCAGCAGCAACAGCAGCAGCAGCAGCAACAGCAGCAGCAGCAGCAGCAACAGCAGCAGCAGCAGCAGCAGCAGCAGCAGAGCUCAAUUUCAACUCAGCAGCAGCAGCAGCAGCAGAGCUCAAUUUCAGCUCAACAACAACAGCAGCAGCAGCAGCAGCAGCAACAACAACAACAGCAGCAGCAGCAGCAACAGCAACAGCAGCAACAGCAACAGCCACCAUCCCAGCCCACCCAACCUCUAUCAAGCCAGUCUUUGCUGAGGUCCCCCUUGCCGCUUCAACAAAAGAUCCUGCUUCAGCAAAUGCAGAAUCAGCCCAUCACAGGACUGGGGUAUCAAGUCUCCCAACAACACAGACAGGAUCAACACUCUGUGGUAGGCCAAAACGCAGGCCCCAAUCCAAGUCCCAACCCCUGCUCAAAUCCAAACACUGGAAGUGGUUACGUGAACUCCCAGCAAUCACUGUUGAAUCAGCAAUUGAUGGGAAAGAAACAGGCUCUCCAGAGGCAGAUCAUGGAGCAGAAACAGCAACUUCUUCUGCAGCAGCAGAUGCUGGUUGACACGGAGAAAAUGGCUCCACAAGAUCAGAUAAACCGACAUCUGACAAGGCCACCCCCAGAUUAUAAAGACCAAAGAAGAAAUGUGGGCAAUAUGCAACCAACUGCUCAGUAUUCUGGUGGCUCAUCGACAGUGAGUCUAAACUCUAACCAGGCUUUGGCAAACCCAGUUUCAACACACACCAUUUUAACUCCCAAUUCUAGCCUCAUGUCUACUUCCCAUGGAACAAGAAUGCCAUCAUUAUCUACAGCAGUUCAGAACAUAGGAAUGUAUGGAAAUCUUCCUUGUAAUCAACCUGGCACAUACAGCAUCACUUCAGGAAUGAAUCAAUUGACCCAACAGAGAAACCCAAACCAGUUGAUAGCAAAUCAAAACAACCCUCUGAUGCCACGGCCACCUACCUUAGGCCCAAGUAAUAAUAACAACAUGGCCACUUUUGGAGCUGGAACUGUUGGCACUUCACAACAAUUGAGACCAAGUUUAACCCAUACUAUGGCAAGCAUGCCAGCACAGAGAACAUCGAACGUAAUGAUCACAUCCAACACAACAGCACCAAACUGGGCCUCUCAAGAGGCAACAACCAAACAGCAGGAAGCCCUGAAAUCCACGGGAGUCCGCUUCCCCACAGGGACACCUGCAGCCUAUACCCCAAACCAGUCAUUACAACAGGCAGUAAGUAGCCAGCAAUUUUCCCAGAGGGCAGUGGCUCCACCUAACCAAUUAACACCAGCAGUGCAAAUGAGACCCAUGAACCAAAUGAGCCAAACACUAAAUGGACAAACCGUGGGUCCACUCAGGGGCCUGAAUCUCAGGCCCAAUCAGCUAAGCACACAGAUUUUGCCUAAUUUGAAUCAGUCAGGAACAGGGUUGAAUCAGUCGAGGACAGGCAUAAACCAGCCACCAUCCCUGACACCCAGCAAUUUUCCUUCGUCCAACCAAAGUUCCAGGGCUUUUCAAGGAACUGACCAUGGCAGUGACUUAGCUUUUGACUUCCUCAGCCAACAGGCUGAUAACAUGGGCCCUGCCCUAAACAGCGAUGCUGAUUUCAUUGAUUCUUUGUUGAAGACAGAGCCUGGUAAUGAUGACUGGAUGAAAGACAUCAAUCUUGAUGAAAUCUUGGGGAACAACUCCUGAAGAAGAAAGAGGAGACAAUUUACAGACUCCAAGCACUAAAAGGCAGUAUUUUACAAGGACUCUGUAAAGGCCAAACUGUUGACUUUUAAGUGGACUACAUGAAGAUACCAUGGCCUAAAAUUGGAAAGCAGAAAAUAACUGCAGUGGUAAACAUUUUGGUCCAAAUUCUUGUCCUAAAUCUCAAAGCUGAAAGUAAAACAUUGGGAUCACUUUUCCCUGUCUAAACUCCAGGACACAGUAUCCAAUUUAUCCAAACAGAAUUGUGAUGUUGAUGUGUAAUUAAUUGUGUAAAAUAGGCUUCCCAAGAUCCUUUUCUCCCUGAAAGAAAGGUAAUAGAACUCGUAGCUUAUUUAAACCCCAUGUCAUGAGGAGGUACUGUUAAUAGUUUCAAGCAACAAAUUCCUUAAUUUGCUCUAAUAGAUACGUGUGGUUUGAUUUUUCCACACUGUCUUUUCAUUUAAUUUUUCUAAAUCUUGCAGGAUGGAUUGAAAUGUUAUAGGUUAGUUUGGAGAAACCAAACAGUACCCUAAGUAAGGGAAAGCCAGAGAACCUAGAAAACAUCCAGUGGAAUAUAGAAUUUCUUCCCUAGAUUCACCCCUUACUUUUGCAGUUUUCCCACGUAUCCUGUACUGUAGGAUGCAUGUAUAGUGAUGAAACAAGAAUGUAGAGCU